UCCUGCGCGGCGGCCGCUAAGGCGGGGGCGGAGGCUCGGCCUGGGCGGCGGGGAGCGGAUUAGGGGAGGAGGAAAGACCGGAAGCCACGGUCGCGUCCUCAUCCUUAGAUUCGCUCCCUCGGGUUCUGAGAGGAGACGGACGAGGGAGAGGCUGAAUGUUGGCUCGGUAAUAAAGGGGAGCGGCCGCUCCGGAGCCUCCUCCCGGGGCGAGCCCCCUCAGGCCCCAGCUCUCCUCAGCCACCCGGCUCUGGGCGCGCGGCCCCCGCGGACCGCCCAGCAGCGGAGACCUUCGCUGAAGAGGCGCUGCCCGCGGCGGGGACUGGCCGGCGGCAUCCGAGGCCCGCGCCCCACCGCCGCCACCACCCGCCUGCCCGCCGGUCCCUCCGGCCGCCGCCAUGUCCUCCUCCUCCUCUUCCCCCAGGGAAACGUACGAGGAGGACCGGGAGUAUGAGAGCCAGGCCAAGCGCCUCAAGACCGAGGAGGGGGAGAUCGACUACUCGGCUGAGGAAGGCGAAAACCGCCGGGAAGCGACGCCCCGGGGCGGGGGCGAUGGCAGCGGCGGCGGCCGGAGCUUCUCACAGCCGGAGGCAGGUGGAAGUCACCAUAAAGUUUCUGUUUCACCUGUUGUCCAUGUUCGAGGACUCUGUGAAUCCGUGGUGGAAGCAGACCUUGUGGAGGCUCUGGAAAAAUUUGGGACAAUAUGUUAUGUGAUGAUGAUGCCAUUUAAACGGCAGGCUCUCGUGGAAUUUGAAAACAUAGAUAGUGCCAAAGAAUGUGUGACAUUUGCUGCGGAUGAACCUGUGUACAUUGCUGGCCAACAGGCUUUUUUCAACUAUUCUACAAGCAAAAGGAUCACUCGGCCAGGAAAUACUGAUGAUCCAUCAGGAGGCAACAAAGUUCUUCUGCUUUCAAUUCAGAAUCCUCUUUAUCCAAUUACAGUGGAUGUUUUAUAUACUGUAUGCAACCCCGUUGGAAAAGUGCAACGUAUUGUUAUAUUCAAGAGAAAUGGGAUACAAGCAAUGGUUGAGUUUGAAUCAGUUCUUUGUGCUCAGAAGGCUAAAGCAGCACUCAAUGGAGCAGAUAUAUAUGCUGGAUGUUGCACACUAAAAAUUGAAUAUGCAAGGCCAACUCGUCUAAAUGUUAUUAGGAAUGACAAUGACAGUUGGGACUACACUAAACCAUAUUUGGGAAGACGAGAUAGAGGAAAGGGUCGCCAGAGACAAGCCAUUUUGGGAGAACACCCUUCUUCGUUUAGACAUGAUGGCUAUGGAUCCCAUGGUCCAUUAUUGCCUUUACCAAGUCGUUACAGAAUGGGCUCUCGAGAUACACCUGAGCUUGUUGCGUAUCCAUUACCACAGGCUUCUUCCUCUUACAUGCAUGGAGGAAAUCCCUCUGGUUCAGUUGUAAUGGUUAGUGGAUUACAUCAACUAAAAAUGAAUUGUUCAAGAGUCUUCAACCUAUUCUGCUUAUAUGGGAAUAUUGAAAAGGUAAAAUUUAUGAAGACCAUUCCUGGUACAGCACUGGUAGAAAUGGGGGAUGAAUAUGCAGUAGAAAGAGCUGUCACACACCUUAAUAAUGUCAAAUUAUUUGGGAAAAGACUUAAUGUUUGUGUGUCUAAACAACAUUCAGUUGUUCCAAGUCAAAUAUUUGAGCUGGAGGAUGGUACAAGUAGCUACAAAGAUUUUGCAAUGAGCAAAAAUAAUCGCUUUACAAGUGCUGGCCAAGCAUCUAAGAAUAUAAUCCAGCCACCCUCAUGUGUGCUGCAUUAUUAUAAUGUUCCAUUGUGUGUCACAGAAGAGACCUUCACAAAGUUGUGUAAUGACCAUGAAGUUCUUACAUUCAUCAAAUACAAAGUAUUUGAUGCAAAACCUUCUGCCAAAACACUUUCUGGGCUAUUAGAAUGGGAAUGCAAAACUGAUGCAGUAGAAGCCCUGACAGCACUUAAUCACUACCAGAUAAGAGUCCCAAAUGGUUCUAACCCCUAUACAUUGAAGCUUUGCUUUUCUACAUCAUCCCAUUUAUAAGAAGAGAAGAGCAUGUUAGAAUUUAUGUUCAUCUUUAUUAUAAUUUUAAAGCUAUACUUCAUUAAAAAUCUAAAAUGGUUGAUCUGAUGUUGCCUUGCUUACUUUAAGAUCCUGUUCUGUAAUAAACAUAUUUUGCCUUGAGUAAAUUUGUUGUAAACUU